AUGGCAGAAGAAGAUAGUGAUGCCUUAUCCCUCCAAGGCGAUGAAACUAUCACCGAGCCGCCUCCCUUUGACCCUGAUCUUUAUGAUCCUGACGAACCAACCACCCCCUCGAACUUCGACCUAAGGAAACCCACUGCGAAAAAGGUUAAUGACGCUAUUAGCUGGGCUACCAACUAUUACUGGGAACGCAAACGGAGCCCUCAUGAUAUAUGGCAAUGCCUUAUUGACGACUUUGCCGACUGGAACCAUAGCCAUUUUAACCGCUCGAGAAAGGCCAACCUCCGUGACUUCCGCGAUACCCUCCGUGCAAAGGGGGUCUAUAUCAGAAAGGAAGACCGGUUCCCAAUUGUUAAUGCCAUUAUGGAAGCCGUGUCUUCUCCGGGCUUCCCCACAUGGCCGGACAACGAUCCACAGCGCCCUCCACGAUCCUCCACACCCCCACCGAGUCCAUCAAUAACGAAGCCUGUCACGGCACCGACCCGAGAACGACCUAAAACAGCCCAACCAGAGGUCAUUAUAGCCCCUAAGACAGCAGUACCUACCACAACUCGCACGUCUGGAGGCGUCGAUACACCUCCCCCGGUGGUCAAUACACCACAGUCAUGGGGGUCCCUGGCUGGGGAAGGGCGAUCACCUUCUUCCUCAGACGGUGAAGUGCCCCCUGACCUACUCAGACGCCUAGACAGCCUCACCAAAGGCUAUCAGGAAAGUGACAAAUUCUCAGGCCGAGAAUAUGACUUCCUCUUGACCAAAGUCAACAUGUUUAUUGAUAAAUGCAAACGGAUUGACUAUCCGCGAGACCAGCUCGCUCGGGCCGUCCCAGUCAUGCUCACAGGACCAGCAUACCGGUACUAUCUCAACAAUCUAGCUAACAAAGGAAAAAGUUAUAACGACCUCAUCCACGCCCUCCAAAAGAGGUACGAAACAGAGGCAAUUCGAGACCGAUACCUCCGCGAGUGGGAAAGCCUUAAUCUCGCCGCGAUUGUCAACCAACAUCGUGACAAACGUCUCUCAUCCUGCCUUGAGAUCCUCACGGAGAAGAUACAACUGCUUCACCAGGGCCUCUUCCGACCUGGUGAUACGGGCUUCAAUAGCAUGAGGGAUAAGCUCAAGAUUGCCGCUUCUAAGACCCCGGCUUGCAAGGUGCCGUUAAUGAAGCCGGCAAAGACCUUUGAAGACCUUGCCGCCGAGCUCCAGCAAGCUAUCGCUGUCCACGAGGAAAUAACGCCCCAGCCAGCAGAAGUCUUUUAUACUGAUCGCGCUUUCAAACGCGGUGGAGGAAACGCCUCAAAUUAUAACCAAAAAGGGCAGUUCCUGAACCACCAGAAGAAGUGCUACGUUUGCCGCCAACCUGGCUGCUGGUCGACCAAGCAUAGCGACCAAGAACGCUCCCAAGCUCGAAAUUCCUGGCUCCAAAAGAAGCACCCAACGCCUCCAACGGCCAAGAGGUAUCAAGCGUUCCUAACUGCCUUUGAGGGUGAAGAUAACGAUGAGGAUACCGCCCUCCUUGACGAAAUGUAUAGACAGAAUUCCUUUAAUGAUGCCAACAGUGACGAUGAUGACAAUGACGAAUUCCUCCCUGUCGGCAGCAGUAACAUGUUUGCUAGUACGGGUACUAUUACCCAGAAUUUCUUAGCCACGGCAGCAAUUCCACAGCCAGUGGAAAUCCUCGCUGGUUUGAGAGACCAAGCGUUCAAGCAUGCCCUAUUGGCUGAAGAUCCCUAUUUUAUAAAAGAACCAAAAGAGACUGCUAUUUUCAUCUCUGAGGAAAGAUAUUCUGACCAUAUCUUUAGAGGCAUCCUGCCUGAUACCGGCGCCGCCGGUACAUCCAACGCAGGCAUGCCACAGGUUAGAGCCUUAAUGAGGAUAAUGCCGUCACUAAAGAUUAAAGACGCACCAGCAACAACGAUCUAUUUUGGUGCAGGAUCAGCCUUAUCAAUCGGCAUCAUUAGAGUACCAACAGUAUUCGGAAAUAUCACCUUCCAUGUACUGCCGACCGCCACUCCUUUCCUGUUCUCCAUCACAGAUAUGGAUAGGAUGUAUGUACGAUUGGAUAAUCUCACCAAUCGCCUUAUCCAAGGAGACAUCACUGUGCCUGUUAUCAGGCAAUGGGGCCAUCCCUGGUGGCUCCUCGAGCCAGCAGCUUCCGCAGCCUUCCACCUCACAGAAACGCAGCUUCGGCAACUACAUCGCCGCUUUGGACACCCGUCUGUUGAGAGACUAUCAAGAAUCUUAACAAAAGUCGGGGAAGAAUAUAGUAGUGACGUUCUUAAGCGACUGACUGAUAUCUGCCACCAUUGUCAAAUGAACGGAAGAGCCCCAAGCCGCUUUAAGUUCACCCUUCGAGAUGAUCAUGAGUUUAACCAUGAGAUUAUUGUGGACAUCUUCUUUAUUAAUGGCCAACCAGUCCUCCAUGUUAUUGACUCUGCAACUGCCUUCCAAGCUGCUAAGUUUCUUAAUAAUAAAGAACAAAAGGCAAGGGAUCUUUGGGAUGCCAUUAUGGCCUGUUGGAUUAACACGUACCUUGGGCCUCCCGAAUGGAUAGUUCAUGACGCUGGAAAGAACUUUAGCUCGGCAGAAUUCAAACAGUAUGCCAAAGGCCUGUAUAUCCGUGUUCAGGAAAUGCCAGUCGAGGCACACAAUAGUAUUGGCAAGGCAGAAAGAUAUCAUGGCCCUCUCCGCCGUGCAUAUCAGAUAAUUGACGCAGAACUUGGCGACGCUCUGACCGACGAUCAGAAGCUUCAAAUGGCUGUAAAAGCUAUAAAUGAUACAGCUGGCCCAGACGGACUCGUCCCAACACUUCUAGUCUUUGGCGCCUAUCCCAGGAUGACGGAUGAUUCGCCCCCUAGCUUUAGCGUCGUGCAGAGAGCUGAAGCUAUCCGUAAGGCAACUAGUGAAGCCAGACGAGCCCUCGCUAAGCGGCAGGUCCAAAAUGCCCUCUUAACGAGGAACGGCCCAGACACAACCCCAUUACAUACCCUUCCAUUGCAAUCCAAGGUUCGCGUUUGGAGAGAAAAGAACGGGUGGCAGGGCCCCUUUGAACUUAUUGCCGUUGAAGGCGAGACCUGCACCGUUGCUAAUGAGGCUGGAAUAACCUCGAAGUUCCGUUCCACGAUUGUACAACCCUAUCUAGAGGAUAAGGAUACAACCCCAACGGAUAACAAGCUACCCCAACAGCAGGCUGUUAACCAAGAUAAUGCUGAGGUUGCUAACGAGAGUGACGGGGAGGUUAACCAGGACGAAGAUAUCAGAGAUAGCAUUGCUGUUGCUAUCCCAACAGCAAGACGAGGCCCGGGAAGACCGCGUAAAGACCCAGAGACCAGAAGAGCUCCUUAUCAAACAUUUCCAAGAAGAGGCCCAGGAAGGCCACGUAAACGCCUUAUCGAAGAACAGUACUUCUUUAACGCCCUUGAGGACCCGCCCGAACGUACCAAGCUCCUUAAGAGCAUCAAAACAAUAGCAUUCCUGACCACGAAGGAGCAAGGAGACCGCGACCUUGCUGUCCUUCUCCGCAGUAAAGGACUCAUAAUCACCCCUGGCCAGCCGUUUGAAAUCUCAGGCCGCACUGAGAUUGAUAACUUGAUAGCCAGAGGUGUCUUUAAAUUUGAGCUUUAUGACCCUAUAAAGCAUGCUAAACUUCGCAUCUUUGACUCACGAAUGGUUAAUGAGGUCAAAGGCAAGGAUACAGCUGCCCCAUAUGAGAAAUCUCGCCUCGUCAUUCGGGGAUAUAAUGACGAGGGUAAAGCCUUCAUUUUGACGCAAUCACCAACAAUACAACGAGCCAGCCAACGGCUUAUGAUUGCACUCGCGCCCUCUCUCUUCCAACGAGGAAUUAUCCUCUGGAUAAGGGAUAUUACCCAAGCCUAUGUGCAAUCUCAAACACCUCUCCAAAGGACGAUUAUCGCAAAGAUUCCUGAGCAACUCCGCGGUAGAUACCCAGAAGGCACCAUCAUGGUAGUAGUUAAACCGUUAUACGGAAUACCAGAAGCCGGCACCCACUGGUGGGCGACUUAUUCCACCCACCAUCGAGAAAAGCUAAAGAUGGCGACCUCGACUUACGACCCAUGCCUGCUGAUCUCAGAAUGCGACAAGUUUGGUAUCAUUGGGAUGCAAACCGAUGACACACUUGGACUUAGUGACAAACAGUUCUCUAAUCUUGAAGAGGAAGAGCUCCAGAAGGCAGCUUUUGCAGCAAAGCCAAAGGAAGUCCUCAAGGUGGAAAAGCCACUCACUUUCAAUGGCUGCCGAAUCUCUCUUAACGCCGAUGGAAGCAUCAUGAUGACCCAGAAAGAACAGGCUUUAAAGCUUCAGAUUCCAACAACCAAUCAGGAAUAUAUUGAGCAACGAGCCCGCGGCGCAUAUCUCGCCAGUAUCUGCCAACCAGAGGCAGCCUUUGACCUUUCAGUUGCUGCCCAACAAAAGGAACCAUCUAGCGAUGACUUUAAACGUCUAGGACGCCGCAUCCAGUGGCAGAUUGAUAACCCAGGUAGAGGCCUAAAAUGUAUACCAUUUGACCUCGAUAAAGCAAAGCUUUUUGUGUUUGUUGAUGGCUCUUUUGCCAACAACGAAGAUCUGAGUUCCCAGCUGGGAUACAUUAUCGUCAUCGGUACAGAAGAAGAGACCAACAAUGGCGAAAUGCUCGUUAAAGGCAACAUCAUCACGUACUCUUCAACCAAGUCAAAGAGAGUUACGCGAAGUGCCCUAGCCUCUGAGCUUUAUAGCAUGGUUCAAGGCACAGACAUUGGAUACGCGAUAGCCUCGACUUUAAAGCUCAUCACAAAACAACUGGGAAUUCCAGACAUCCCCACGAUCCUUCUCACGGACUCGUAUUCCCUAUAUGAGUGCCUUGUUAAGCUCGGCACAACCAAAGAGAAGAGGCUCAUGAUAGAUAUCAUGGCUCUCCGACAGUCAUACGAGCGCCGCGAAGUCCAUGAAGUCAGAUGGAUCAACGGAGGAGAUAACCCGGCAGACGCGAUGACGAAAGCAUCGCCAAAUCACGCGUUGAGAACCCUUAUCGACAAGAAUAAGAUCGCGAUACGAGUGGAAGGCUGGGUAGAGAGGAAGAAGGACGAAAAGUGA